UUCCGCAGUUCCGCAUGGCAUAUGAGAGGGUCGAAUCGAAUGCCUGUAGUAUGUAUUUCGAGUAAUACGUUCUCCUCCCGUGUUGUCUCCUAUUUCUCACAUUUGAGUGACAGAAGCACAACUGGCAUCAAGCGUACGUAUGAAUGGGGCUUCUGGUCACGGUGAAGCUUGCCGAUUAUCAAGCGCGAUACGUCAUUGCGAUCUGCAGGGAUUGGCUGAAUUCUUUCCCUUUUUCUCAGUUUUUGCGAACCCGGCUGGUCUUCGCCUCCGGAACAGCGGGAACCCAACACUAUCGUCAGGGUGAUCCCUACGGGACUCAGAGACCCCAACACUCCGGAGGAAUGGUCGCAAUAUAACGGUGUUUGGAGAUACGCUCUGGUGGAGAUUGUAUUCACAGCAUUUCCCCCUGUCAUUCUCGGAAUACACACUUUAUCUGUGAAAAGCGUGCUCAAUGAGUGCCAGGACAUCCGAGAAUUUGGCGCUUUCCAUACCUCCCUGCACCUUCAACGGGACUGCCCAAAACAAUGGCACCUGCAUCGAGCAAAUGGACCAGCUGUUCCAGUCGUUCUCUUCAACCGCCGUGCUGUUCGUGCUCAUCGCGUUGAUCAUUGGAAUCAUAUUUAUAUCGCUGGUCACCUUUCACUUUCACAAAAGCAAGAUGAAAAAGCGCAAGAUCCAGAAGGCACAGGAGGAGUACGAACGCGACAACUGCAGCCCCAAAACCGUCAAAGGGAAACCGGUGGUCCGGCCGUGCAUCAUGGUGAGACCGGGUAAGCGGCCGCCCGCCGCAGUCCGGAGGAGCGAAGCGAGCACACCGUCUCAGGAAGACUCCAGCGUUACACCCAUCCCGGAGAACGAGUCCAAAGCGAACACACGGCACACGGGGCAGGCAAAUGACCAGAACUUGCUGGAAUCUGUCGCGGUAUCUUGAUAAUGCAAUACGACGAGGCAUUUAAGGAACAAUGUAAAUAGAUACCGUGUAUUCAUACUAUUAUAUUACAUAGGGGUUAAAUAGAUUCUACAAUUCUACAAGCAUGAACAAUGAUAAGUCUUCAUUAUAGCUUCAGCAGGAGCGCGAAGCAACCACUAAGAGCGGUAAAUUACUUUAUACAGAGCGAACAAUCUGCCUCUGGAUCUUUGACGGUUUUUUGACGUCCGUUCCUGGGGGACUUUACCGGCCUACAGCUCGCUGGAACGGAGGACCAUCUACAGGCAAAUGGAAUUAACUGUAAUAUAGUGAUAAAGUCAGUUACUUGGAAAUGUGCUAUUUCUUUCUUUUUCCUGCCGGCGAAGUAUUGUGAUGGGCGCGGGAGAGUCGGGCAGAGACGCAGGAGAGGGCCGGGCGCGUUGUACAUCUUGUAUAGUAGACCGCCGCUGUCCAGUUCUGAAGUGCUGAAAUCGAGGAGGCGACGCGGACCAAUGUUCUUCUCCCCGUUAGAACUCCCGUUAGUCGCGGAUUUUCUUUUGUAGACCCCCUUCUCCUGAGUUCAUGGUAAACCAGUCAACGUUAAGUGUUUCCGUAGAGCAUAAUUAUUUCGUUAAGCUAGCUUAUAGCCUAGUAGUGCGAGAGUUAAACCUGGCCAUUUUAAGUACUUUUAACUAAGCGCUAUCCCUGCCGUAUUAACCUGGCCUAGACAUAUACGUAAUUUUAUACCCAGCUAAAUCCUUUCCCGAGACUGUUAACGUGAAACUGCAGCUACUAGUGGUUGUAUACCCCUGUUUUGGUCACGGUGCUGUAUAGUGAUAUUUAUGUACUACUAGCCUACUAAAGCAUUUCAGUUUAGUCAUAAUGCAGCGCAGAGUCAGUUUAAUGCUUUUAUUUCGCUCUUUAAUAUUCCUUCGUUAUUUUUGCUCAUAUUUGCCUUUAGAUAAAUAUAUAGGCUAAACAAUUAUUCUUUCUUGAUAAUUUAUUUAAAUCAUAAGAUUAAAAAAGUGUAAUUCAUGAUGAUCUACAAUAAAUG